AUGCUGGGUCGCCGUGUCUGCGUUGUCCCAUCACUCGCCGUCGGCCCGGCGGCGGCGUCGUCGUCGGCGACACCUGUGUCGGCUGACAGCCAGCAACGUCGCUCGAUCAAGACUCUUGAUGUGCGUGAGUAUCGCCCUCUCGGCACUCCCAUCGAGUUCCGCUUCUACCAGCGCUACGCCAAUCACCCCAACCGGCAGUCUGGUGUGCAGUUCCUGACUCACUACAACACGCACCAGCGUUUUCGCGUCAACAAGGACUUCAUUGACUACAUGCACUGGGGCAAGGAGCAAGGGCAAGCGCGUUUGCCACACCGGCACCAACGCGUCGCUUUCGACUUUGACGACUCGCUGCAGCCGACGCGCGCAGAGGGGGACACAAGCCACUGGUUCGCUGGCCAGGACCCGACGAUGGGGCCGCAUCCCGAUAUCUCGACUAGCUUCGAUCCAAACAAGAAGCUCUUCUCGCACCCGGAGCACUGGAACAAGAUGUUCUCCAAGCGCCGCCCCGGCGAGGGCGACAUCAAGCUGGAUGUCAUACCCUCCAACAGCCUGCUAGGCCCAAUGGUGACCCAGACGGAUACACAGGAGAUGGCCUACUUCAAGACCGAAACACGCGGCCCCACGCACGGCUGCGUGCCGGGUAUCAACGCCCCGUUCAAGGGUGAAAUGGACCGCAAGAUGAUGCAAGCAAUGUCGCGGCCUCUUAACAGCAGCCACACCCUCACCGGAAACGACGGGCGGUUUUCCAAGACGAUCUUCAUCAAUGACCCGAAGCGCCACCAGGCUCUCUCGGCGGUUCUUGCCAAGGAGCUCAAUCGAGAGGUCGACAAGGCCACGAAUGGGCUCUACUCGAAGCUCACAGUCCUCACCUCCGCACAGUCGGGGUUGACAGACUUCUUCUGCGGCGGCGCUGACCUACAAAGCAUCGGCUUCGACCUCACCAUGGCGCAGCUUCUCCGAAAAGAGGCCGAGGAACUCAGCAAGUGGGAUGCGUCAGGGUGCAAGAAAGUGGAGGCGAAGGUGCAGGAGCUGCUCCGUGAUGCGGAGCGCUACGAGGAGCGCGCCGACGCUGUCCUGCGUGAGAAUGCUGCGGUCAUCUGGCGCGCCUACACGAGCCCACGCCCACUCAUGACGCUCGUGAACGGCAAGUGCCGUGGCACAGGGUGCGGGCUGGCACUGGCGGCGAAGUACGCCGGGCUGCAAGACGCCAGCGAGUUCAUCGUUGACGGCCCGAACGUGGGGCUCACUCCGUACAGCGGGAUGACACGGCUACUGGCGCGGCCAGAGACGUCUCUCAAGUACCCUGGGCUAGCAGAGUUCGUGAUGCUCACUGGUGCAUCCCUCUUCGCCGGCGACGCGCUCCGGCUGGGCUGGUCGGACCUCUUCACAUCGCUGCCGGACAUGCCCUACCACAUUAAGGACUGGUUCGACAGCACAGAGCACAUGCACAAUGACGCCGUGGCAUGGCAACUGGGGCAUCUUCUGGAAAAGUGCUUCCAGAUGAAAGACCGCUCGCACACAGGCGCGAUGGAGCGCUGCGCCAUGACGCCCAUUCGUGCCCGCUGGGUCGAGGACGCGUUCGCCGACCAGCCCUCCAUCGAAGAGAUCCUCAAGACUCUCAGCGCGAUGGAGAAGUUAGCACUGACGGACCGGCACAACACCUGCGAUCCCUCCUACGCCACCCCGUACACGCUCGCGAGCGUGGCUGAAGGUGUGGAGAAGCUGCGGGCGUCACAGCUACGCUACACCCUGUCGCCGUGGGAUGUGACGCCUCCGGUUGAAACGGUAGAGGUGCGGCAAGCCGCGGAGAUCUUCACCUCGUACGUACUGGAGCGGCGCGGUAAGGUGAACAUCGUGACUCACCGUGACCGGCAAAAGGUCGAGGCGUGGCGGAAGCAGCGCGAGCACGAGUACGCGAUGUACAGCAACGUAAAGAGCGCCCCACAUCGCCGCCACGUGUAUGCGCGACUGGAGGGGUGCGAAGGAACGCUAGUGGACUUUGACUUUACGAUCAACCCUGCCGGCAAUGUGGCGGCCAUCUCUGCCACGAAGGGUGCCGGCAUGGGUAGCAAUGACGAGGUGCUGCACACGGCCUCGGUGGACCGUCUCAAGCGAGCCAUUUUGCAAGCCAUGAGCAUGCCCGCUGAUCGCGACGUGGACCUCUGCUGGUACUUGCCAACCCUCGACACCUGCCCGAUCCGCAAUGACGAAGAGCUGGUCGACGUUCUACACAGCGACCCUGGCUUGGAGGACCCGAGCGCGCAGUUGCGGUACCCGCCGAUCUACUUCCUCGUGAAGCGCAACACACUGCACCUGUCGGAGUGGGCCUAUGCCGUGAAGCAUCAGCUUCUCCUGCAGUCGCCGUACGCCCUCAAGGCAACCCUGCAGCUACUUCAGGAAGUGCGCGGCGACGGCUCCGCUGAGGCGAUGCGCUCGCUCGCCGACACGUUGGCUACAGAGUACCGCUACGCAACACGGCUGCUGAAGCGGCCCGACUUCUAUGAGGUGGGCCAGCACGUGGAUAAGUCGCCUGAGGAGUGGGACGUCGUCAAGGAGGAGCGAGCGCGCAACGUGCACAAGGCGCAUCUGCCGACUCGGCCGCUGCCAGACUACGAGGUGGUCUUUGAACGCCACGUCCAGCUGGAUGGGCACACGUUCCAGCUACGGCCACGCUGGUCUCCGCGCACGGUGCAGGAGGUGACCGCCGAGUCCCUCGCACCUCUCGCAUCCCCGCUCGACUUUGAGAAGGACAACGCGGUGGAGUUCAACGUCGUCGUGCACACCAGCAAAGCGGAUCGACUGGCUGGCAUGAUAGACGAUGCUGGCGGCUUUGAGGUAGUGGCCAACCUUGGCGAGGUGGACAAAGAAGGCAACCCCAAGGUGCCUCCGCUUCAAGGCGAUGCACAUGUGCCCACCAACGUGAACUUUUACGAGAUGGCCCGUCACCCAUGGGAAGAUACGCCGUCCUCGUGGCGCCGCGACGGCUUCACGGCUGGCUCCAAGGAAUACUUUGAGCAGCAGUACAAGAAGGCGGAGAAGGCCGUGUAUGACGAAGCUGGUCGUGAGCAGUAUAACUACUGGCCCUCAAAGGACGCUGUUGACGGUGUUGCUGGUGAGGAGUUGAAUGCGCUGCUAGAGGAGCGCUUCUUUGCUAAGCUGCGUGAUGCGGAGCGCGGCGUUGAGUCGUGGGCUCGUCAGCUGCGCCAGAAGGCCGUCGAGGGUAAGCUCGACAACCGGACAGAGAUUGCAACACAGCAGGAGAAGAUCUACGACGAUGAGUACUACCGCUGGUUCAUUCAGCCUGGGCACAACCCGAACCCCUCUGGCCUGCUUCGCGGGCGCAAGGGUGCCGACAGCGGUAGCAACUCCGUGGACAAGGACCUGGAGGUAUUCCUCAACCAGCUGCUGAGUGGGACUGCAGCCCGGGGAGCUGACGGCGCCACCAGCGAAGAGGGCGAAGAGGCUGUUUUGCCCGAAGAGGACGUCGACGAGGCCGCUGAUAGCGCAUGA